CGGCCAACGAUCUCCAAAACUGAUGAGGAUCGGUUGAUUGAGUUAAAAUUAACCUUUUUUCUUAUUUUGUCAAGCGGAAAGAAUGUCGGAAAGGGCCGAGGAUGACGUCAGGGGGGAGCAGCGCCGAGCGGCCAGGCAGCAGCUGAAGCAGCAGCAGAUCCAGCGGGGAGAAGGCUCCACAGCAAUGGCGACUGUUGCGGAGCGGAGAUCCUUGCCUAGUCCAGAAAUAAUGCUGGGACAGCCUUGGAGCAACUGGGUCGACGCCGCCAAACUCAACGGCAACGACGGUGCUGAAUCGGAGGAAAGUUUCAAAGACUUCGGGAAAAAUCGAGAAGCCAUGCGUUUGUGCAGAGAAGACAUGCCCAUAUUCGGCCAGUGCCCCGCACAGGAUGACUUCUACCUGGUGAUGUGCAGCCAAUGCAGCCAGGUAGUCAAGCCCCAAGCCUUCCAAGCACACUACGAGAGAAGACACAGUUCGGCCAGCAAGCCAGCCUCAAUCCCCUUCCCAGUGUCGGGCAGGAGCAGGACCAGUGGGAUUGGGCCUGGGCUGGGCUCCGGGUCUGUAGCUGGACUGGCAAGUGGAGGCAUCCUUAGCCGACCUUCCACCGCUGGAUCUUCAGCGUCCUCCUCCUCCAAUCCCAAACUCCUCAAACCAGCCAAAGAGAAGCUGCCAGCCAUUCAGCGAAGAACCCCCUUUGCACCCUUCAGGACACCUCAGCUGGACAAGAUCCUCACCCCGGCUGUCAAGGUGGAGAAGAUGCAUCUGAGGGUGGACACGUCAGCUAAGCUGGUGCAGGCCCCAUCUGCCCCAGCCACCACCUCAUCCUCCUCUGCAUCCUCCUCUAGCACCACUGUGAGCUCCAACACUACCACCAUCACCACAUCCUCCUCCUCAUCCUCAGCCCUUAAACCAGGCCUUAACUGUCCCUCCAUACCAAAGCCUUCAUUACCGGCCCCGGGUCCGAUUCCCAACGGCAAGGGCCACCUCUCAGUCCUCCCAGACAAGAAGCAGGACAGCAGCAGCAGUGCCAGUAGCAGACGCCACCUUAACAAGAAAUUGACAGAACGUGAGUUCAAUGCAGAUAUCCACUGUGGCGUUGUGGAUAUGACUGCUCGGAAACCAUGCACAAGAUCUCUAACAUGCAAGACACAUUCCUUAAGCCAGCGGAGGGCGGUGCCAGGGCGGAGGAAGCGUUUUGACACAUUGCUGGCAGAGCACAAGAACAGAACAAGGGAGCGGGAGAAGGAGAAGGAGAAGGAGAGAGAGCUCCACCAACCCCAUUCCCAGCAAAACACCUCUCUCAGGGACCCACACCCCUCCUCCCACCUCGCUGCUGCCCAUGAUGCCCACCAGGUCACUCAGGGCAACGGCCCUGCACCAGACGCCACUAAGCCUUUGCCACUCUGCAAGCCCAAAUUUCACAGCCCCGGUCUUCCACGACUAAACAGCAGUCACGGAGGUGGUACCCCCGGAGACCCUGCAGUAGUCCACGAUUCACCACACCAUGCCCACACCACCCCCGAUGGGUAUUCUCGACCCUCCAGUGAUGAGGGGGAGAACGAGGAGCGGGAGGACAGCGCUGACAAACUAGACUGUCACUAUUCAGGUUAUCACCCUCGACCGGCAGCUUACUGUACAUUUGGAAGUCGACUGUUUGGGAGAGGUUGCUACUCCUUUGACAGGCGAUUGGACAAAGUGCGAUGUGCCCUAACCACAAUGAUGGACAAACAUGUCAACUCUCAGAUGUGGAAGAAAAUCCCCUUGGCCUUGGAGAACUCCUCCUCUGUUGCACCUUCCCAAAGGACAAGCACAAAUUCCCACGGUAGCACCCCCUCUUCAGGCUUCCUGGGCCCCCCUGCCACUUUGCCCCAGACUCCUUAUAGCCAAUCGUACGAGGGCAAGUCUGUGCUCUCAUAUGGGACCACCUUAAAUGCCCGCAGCUCCCAACAGGGCGGGGCUGAGCACCCGGCCUACGGCAUUACGCAGGCCCGACAAGUGUCUUCGUCGCCGCAGAUGCCUUCAGCCCACUUGUCAUCCUCCUCUACAGCUCCUUCCCUAGCCUCAGGCCGGGCACUUAAGUCCCGUUCCUCCAGCAGCAGCACUACCAAGUCAUCGUCAUCCUUCAGGCCCAAGGAGAUCUCCUCUGGCUCCUCUACACCCUUCAUCCCCAACUCCAUUGGUGGGGGCGGCAGUGGAGCCAACAGUAACAGUAGCAACACAAGCUUAAGCUCGGGGAAGAAGAGGAAGAACAGCUCUAUAGUCUCUUCAUCCCAUGGCCCCUCUGAAUCCUCCUCUUCUAACGCCAUCUACUCUUCCUCCUCCUCCCCUUUCAAGAAGAACUGUGCGAAUGUUGGCAGCUCAGGGAGCACCUACCACCACGGCUCAUUAGGUCCUUCAUCGUCAUCCUCAUUAUCUUCCUCCCACAGCGGAGUCCACAGUGUGGGCCUUAACUGUGGCCCCACUGUGCGGACUAACUCACUCAGUCUCAAAGCUGAGCCUUCUGGAGCUUCAGCAGGCGGCUCCUCAGGGCCGCCACCACGAGGUCCUCCCUCGGGCAGCCCUGCAGAAUCCAUCAAGCGAAUGAGCGUAGUGAUGAACAGCAGUGACUCCACCCUUUCCCUGGGACCCUUUGUCCACCACCAGCCCUUAUCCUCAUCUGACCACCACACCAACUUCAGCCACCACUCCACAGAUGGACGCCUGGAGGGCAAGAAGCGCAAAAGCUCUCCUGCCUCCAGCGGCAUUAAUAGUGGUGGGGGAGGAGGAGGGGGCGGAGGAGGUCCCGGACCAGGUAGACCCAAAGUGGCCAAGUCACCUGCCAUUAACAACAUUCAUGGGAAGCAUGGGCGAAGUAUUACAGGGACGGCAGGUUUACCAAACAACUCCCAUUUACAUCAGCCAAAGGCUCGUCCCUGACAGUGGUGUCCGGCUUCUUUGUAUGGAACUGGCAGGCGGACGGGGAAAAGUCCAGAGCAGUCCGCAUACUGCUCUGGACUGCACAAGGCCUUCUAAAAUCAAACCCACAUUACUCUCAGCUUCCCACAAUCCUCAGGGUGGAGAUGAUCUGGACUGCCCAGUGAAGUCAAUGUGGUCCUUACUAUUUCUCCCAAAGCCAUGUGUGUGUGUUUGUGUGUGUGCGUGUGUAUAUGUGUCUGUUUGUGUGUUGGGAGGAGGGGUGCAAUGGCACUGUAUGUAACGCGUGGAGUGCCAGGGGUCUAAAGAGUGAGCCAAGGACCCCCCACGCAUGUGUUGUCCCAGUAUUCUGAGAGGUCUUCCUGUCUUGAAUUUGGAGGAACAAUGGCCACAGCCAGGGGUCUCUUGAACUGCGGUUCAAAGCUCAUUGGGUUCAGGUUAAGGGCUGCCGCAACAAGCCGUCACGUCAUGAGCAACUGGGGAGACAACAAGCCGAUCUCUUCCUUGUUUGUUAAAGAAUGAAUGUGCGAAUGUGAGUGCGUGUAAGAAUAUUUUUCUCAUGUCAGAUUCUGCUGGACUACUGGAAUUUCCAACUUAAUUACACCCCCAGCGCCUGAUCUCAGAAGCCUUGGAAGGAGAGCAGGAGGAGCAGCAAACUGUUACUUGCAACACCUUAAACAACACACAAUCACCUUGUUGUUUCACCUUUCGUUAGUCUGACUCUCUGGCGACACGUUUGAGUAGCUUCGAGUUACACGCAGUAGCCUGAGAGGAGCCGUAGGGACGAUCUGGUCAAUUCUUUUAUUACCCAGAAUAAUUAUGCAAGUGUUACCUUUUUAUGAUUUCUUAUAAGCUUUUUACACUGAACUACAAAGAGUCUUUGUAGAUGUGGAGAAGACAGUUGUGCUUUCAAAUGUGAAAAGGACGCCUGAUGUGCCCAUAUGAUUGAAUCUUUUGUCAGAGAGAUAACUUGGUCUUGAGGACAGCCGUUAAUUUUCUGAAUCUUUUCAUUGUUCAAAAUGAUUGCCACAGUAGACCUACCCCCAACUGUGAACAGAAAUAAAACUAUUUUCCCCACAGGCACUGCUUGGUUGUCACAAAGCUAGCCUAAGGCUGUUAUCAGCUUUGCCAACUACUUUUUUUUUUUUUUUUUUAUCUAAACAAAAAGGUGAGCAGUCUUGCUCAUAAAGCGUUCAUGGUGCAUUUCCUGUGUGGAUAUGAAGAGAAUCUGUGCAAACUUUAAUAUUAUUGCCAUAACUUACCUACUUUUUAACCAUUCAGCUGAAAUCCACAGUUGUUGUGGGCAGAUGUGAAUUGUAAUGUUUUUUCCUACAUAGGGAAUCAGGUAUGGUACGUCUUAACUGGAGCAAACUUUAUGCACGUCACCUGUCUUCUGUGGGUUUGAUUGUCCCUCCUCUGUGUAACCACUACCCAAGCACUGGGUGUUACAGUUUCAAUGCCUCUCCGUAACACUAUGUUGGUAUGUGUUGAGAAAAACUUUGUCACAGUAGAACGGAUAGCCAGGCAUUAUACUCUAUUCCUUUGUCAAAAUGGAGUCUUAAAUCAGGCAAUACUUGUCGGGAUGUUUGCUUAUUUUUAGUGGUCUUGAGUGGGUUUAAUGGUGCGAGAUUCAUGCAGAUGGCUUCACGGGACAUAUUUAAACUUUUGGCAACACCUGUUGAUUUAUGGAACCUCCAGUGAUGUCAGUGUUGAAAAGUAGGAGACAAUUUUUUAAGAUUAUUCUUAAUUUAGCUUUUUUUUCCUGUAGCCUAAUGUAUCAAACAAGUAUUGGGGUAUCCCUAUUUGAGAAUACAUAUUUUGUUAAAUUGUACAUAGUGAAACAUGUAUUUUUGCACAGGCAUUUUUCUUACACGCUGAAUUUUUGGUACAAUCUUUAAAAAUAUUUAAAAAAAAGAAAUUAUUUAUUUAGUAAAUAAAAAAGAUAACAAGUCCGAGAACUUGUUUAUUUGAAGUGGUUCACUGCCAAGUCUAUAGAAUGCAAUAUGCCUAUAUGUAGAAGCUGAAGCAUCUCAUGAAUCAUGUACUGAGAUCCUUAUAGUAUCAAAGGUGAAGUUAUGCCACUGUAGCAUGUGUCUGUAUGACAGGAUACCUUUAUUCACUUUUCAAGGUCUCAAUCACAUGUGCUUUUACAAGAUAUUUUACGUUGCCUAUGAAUCAACACAACAACACAAAAGUUACUAUAUGACCCAAUUAGCCUGUGAUUUUGAAACGUCCUGCAGGCUUGAAGCUGUGCCCAUUGUCUAACCAGUUUCCAUGAAGUUUUUCAGUCACACACUUUGUAGACCUUAAACACAUUUCACAAUUGAAACACUUGCAUUCUUUUAUAAAGGCGGGAGGGACUUAAGCAAUCAUUGCAAGGAAGAGGAACAAACUAACAGUCCAACUCCUAGCGUCAUCGUUGCCAAACAAGUAAUUUCAAUCACAGCUUUUAAAGAAAUAGUUUGCAGCUUUUAAAAGAAAAUAUGAAAUUAAGAAAGUGCCUGAAUUUGUUUCACCCUGACUGUUUGAGGACAGUAUUCUUUGGGUUGUUUUACCUUACUUGAAUGUUGGAAGCAUUUAGGCGUUUGCUUUUAAAUCUGCCUAUGAACCCUAAAUAUGGUAAAACCUGAGAUUGUCAGUCGCCCAGUAUGAAACACUCUAGUGUUGUGUUGUUGGUGGUGUUUUUUGGGGGGGGAGAGGGAGGGGUCAAAAGUUUUCCAGACAAGACGUGGAGAUUUUGAUAGCCUCAGUGUGUGCGGCUUAAGUCCUCUCUGGUUUACUGAGAUUUUUACGUAUAAACCUUCAAUCAAGUGUUUUGUUUACCCUCAAACUCCACUGACAUCUUAACAUUGUUCCCAGUAGAUGGAAACAUUGCGAGGAUGUUUUUUUUUAUAGCACCAUUGACUUGGAAUGUGAAAGUGAGAGAGAAUACAACUCGUGUUUGGGAGGAAAAAAAUAAAUCCACCAUUCAUACUAUGUAAAAGCGUGUAUAGAUUUUUUUUGUAUACAUUAUCAAAAUCAUUUUCAGCUGGACUUAUGUAUUGGCUGCUAUGUAAUUCAUGAACAAAACAUAGGUUAGAAUUAAUAUUUAAAGAAAAAAGAUUGU